UAAAUGCUGCAGCGUCUCCAUUUAAAUUGCUGGUGGUGAAAGAGUGCCCCCUGAUGUCCAACGACUACUUGGGAAUCAGAAAGCUACAUUCUUCCAGAUAUUCUUGGAUGAAUGGUUUGACAACCUUCUGAAAACUCUAAGUAAUAAUAAGCGAAGUUAAGAACCAGUUAAGUGCACUAUAUCAUGCAGAGGAUUUUGUCAGGUAAAGUUCUGUUUCCUUAUUGUCACUGUGUUCAGGCAUCAACCUCUUUCCACCCUGAUGGUUGUCCAUGCUGUUUCCAAGUCGAAUCCUUGAGUUGUCCCCAUCUCAACAAUCCUACCUCAGGCUGCGGAGCCCUGCAAGGAAAGAAAGGAACCUUUACUUACCGAAAUGAGACACAAUCUGUUGUGUCAGACACCUCCCACUGUCACCAUUCGUGUAAAAUCGAGUGCAUCCAGAUCACAUCAGCAAAAAAACCUUAUUAGACUAAAGCGGCCUACUUUUAAAGACCAUGAAGAAAAUUGGGAAAAAAAGGUUCCUAGUCACAAAUAUAAAAGUCCAAAGGGACCAUGUCUGGUUAUUCAGCGUCAGGAAAUGACAGCUUUCUUUAAGUUAUUUGAUGAUGAUCUUAUCCAAGACUUCCUUUGGAUGGAUUGUUGCUGUAAAAUUGCAGACAAGUAUCUCUUGGCAAUGACUUUCGUUUAUUUCAAGAGGGCUAACUUCACAAUAAAUGAGCAUACCAGAAUCAAUUUCUUUGUCGCUCUGUAUCUGGCAAAUACAGUUGAAGAAGACGAUGAAGAAUCAAAGUAUGACAUUUUCCCAUGGGCUUUGGGAAAAGGCUGGAGAAAGCUCUUCCCUGAUUUCUUAAAGUUAAAAGAUCAACUAUGGAGUAGAAUUGACUACAGGGCUAUUGUAAGCAGACGCUGCUGUGAAGAGGUGAUGGCUAUUGCCCCAACACAUUACGUAUGGCAGCGAGAACGUUCUGUGCACCACAGCGGAGCUGUGAGAACCUACAAUACUGAAGUACAGCUGCCCCGAGGGCCUAGUGCUACUCCUACAGACUGCUUGCUUUGUGGUAAAAAUGGAAGAUUUGUACGACUGGGAUUAUCAUCAUCUUCUUCCUCAUCUAGUGGCGCUUUGGAGAUGAUGGAAUUACAGUCAUCCCACAAUUUGAAGGACACCUUUCCAACUGAAAAAAUGCUUGUUGACGCUCCUUUGAAUUAUGCCCAAGGCUGCCGGAGCCUGUCCAGCAAAAGGAGACGAGGCAGCACCUUGAACCAAGACAAAUCCAUGGAGUGGUUUGCGAGGAAUGAAGAAUGAAAUACGC